AGUCUACACUGCUUCGUUGGUGGAGACGUAACUCGCGAGUCGCGCUCUCCGCCCUCAGUACUUUAUAGUGUACAAAUCGCGAGUGAACGUGUGAGGCUUCAUUCGAACUUAAUGUUGUUUACGUCCAUUCUUCUGACAAACUAUCCAGUCAAGGUCAUCGUUAUCGUUUUGACACCUGUUGUUUGGAUACUUUAAGUAUCGCAGUAUCAAUAUUGAAAAGAACUAAUCUAGAAAUGUGUUAUAACAAGCACUUAAUAAAACUCGCAGACUACUUCAGAUUGUAUUUCGAUACUUCUCAUUGAAUGUGUAGUGGCAAUCAGAAUCACAAUGAUCAACUACGGCAAGAUUGUAUUCACUAAGCUUCUUCUAUGCGUACUCAUGUCCGGUACUUUUGCUCGAUCUUGGGCCAAUCACCAUGAUACCACAACAUCUACAACACAAACUACCCCAACGACAAGUCCGGUACCAAAAAAUAUCCACAACGAUCCACUUAUUGUCGAAACAAAGAGCGGUCUCAUCAAAGGAUACGCAAAAACUGUAAUGGGACGCGAGGUACACAUUUUUACGGGUAUCCCGUUUGCGAAACCUCCAUUAGGACCCCUGAGAUUCCGUAAACCGGUACCAAUCGAGCCAUGGCAUGGCGUGCUUGAAGCAAACUUAAUGCCAAACAGUUGCUAUCAAGAACGCUACGAAUAUUUCCCAGGUUUCGAAGGAGAAGAAAUGUGGAAUCCAAAUACUAAUAUAUCAGAAGAUUGCCUUUAUUUGAAUAUUUGGGUACCACAGCACUUACGAGUUCGUCACCAUCAAGAUAAACCACUCGCCGAAAGACCUAAAGUGCCGAUUCUUGUGUGGAUUUACGGCGGUGGCUACAUGAGUGGCACGGCUACACUUGACCUAUAUAAAGCAGAUAUAAUGGCAUCUACAAGCGACGUAAUAGUGGCUUCUAUGCAAUACAGGGUUGGUGCAUUUGGAUUUUUAUAUUUGAAUAAAUAUUUUUCUCCGGGUAGUGAAGAAGCUCCUGGAAAUAUGGGUUUAUGGGAUCAACAACUCGCUAUUCGUUGGAUAAAAGAGAACGCUCGUGCUUUUGGAGGAGACCCUGAACUCAUUACGCUGUUCGGGGAAUCUGCCGGUGGCGGUAGUGUAAGCCUUCAUAUGCUAUCACCUGAAAUGAAAGGAUUGUUUAAAAGAGGUAUAUUGCAAUCAGGAACGUUGAAUGCACCUUGGAGUUGGAUGACUGGAGAAAGAGCUCAAGAUAUUGGAAAAGUAUUAAUUGAUGACUGUAACUGCAACAGUAGUCUUUUAGCCAAGGAUCCUAGUCUCGUAAUGGAUUGCAUGCGUGGAGUUGACGCUAAAACGAUUUCUGUCCAGCAAUGGAAUUCUUAUACUGGAAUUUUGGGUUUUCCGUCCGCACCUACGGUUGAUGGUAUUUUUUUGCCAAAAGAUCCUGAUACCAUGAUGAAGGAAGGAAAUUUCCAUAAUAGUGAAGUGCUACUUGGCAGUAACCAAGACGAAGGGACAUAUUUUUUGCUGUACGACUUCCUGGAUUAUUUCGAAAAGGAUGGGCCUAGUUUUCUUCAGAGGGAGAAAUUUCUCGAAAUCGUUGACACUAUUUUCAAGGACUUUUCUAAAAUUAAAAGAGAAGCCAUUGUGUUCCAGUAUACAGAUUGGGAAGAGAUCACCGACGGAUAUUUGAACCAGAAGAUGAUAGCUGAUGUCGUAGGAGACUACUUCUUCGUAUGCCCCACUAACUACUUCGCCGAAAUACUUGCCGACGCUGGUGUCGAUGUUUACUAUUACUAUUUUACUCAUCGUACCAGCACAAGUCUCUGGGGAGAAUGGAUGGGCGUGAUGCAUGGUGACGAAAUGGAAUAUGUUUUUGGACAUCCCUUGAACAUGUCCCUUCAGUACCAUUCCCGGGAGCGUGAUUUAGCAGCACACAUUAUGCAGUCUUUCACACAGUUUGCUCUUACCGGAAAACCUCACAAGCCUGACGAGAAGUGGCCUCUGUACUCCCGGUCUUCGCCUCAUUACUACACAUACACGGCGGUGGGUCCAAGCGGUCCAGCUGGACCCCGCGGCCCGCGUGCCUCCGCUUGCGCUUUCUGGAACGAUUUCUUGAACAAACUUAACGAGUUGGAGCGUGUACCGUGUGACGGCGCCGUGACCGGUCCUUACAGCAGUGUCGCCGGCACUGCCCUCCCUGUAACCCUUCUCACCACUUUGGCAAUCACUAUUGCUUUGUAAA